AUGGACGUAACGGCUAACAAAGCACCGCGAUGGUUUGAAAAGAGUCGUCAGCGUCAGGUGCGAGAGGUCCCGGACUCGAUCUCCGGCAAGGCCCAGCCGUCACCGAUCAUGCGAGAAGAGGUGCGAGAGGUCCCGGACUCGAUCUCCGGCAAGGCCCAGCCUGUCACCGAUCAUGCGGGGAAGAAGGACUGGGACAAGUUUGAACCGAAGCUGUUGCUGGUGCGAGAGGUCCCGGACUCGAUCUCCGGCAAGGCCCAGCCUCUCGUGCAGUCGCUCGAACAUGAGGACGUGAAGAGCGGUGAGCGUAGCCUUGUGGUCUAG